CUAUCUACCUACUAGUCUACCUCAGAGUACUGUUAAGCGCGAACGUUCCUAAUUUAAUUGUAUUUUUUAAGAAAAUAAAAUAUGCAGCUUACGAAAGUUACAAACAUGAAAAUAAAGCCAUUACAAAAAAUCUGGCCUGCAGCGCAGACGCUGGCGGGUAGGCGGCACCAGGCCACGGACGCCAGGCCCUACAAGGAGGUGCCUGGACCGCCUUCCUGGCCCGUCAUUGGACCUCUCCUCGAAUUCAUACCGGGAGGUAGUAUUGGCGAUAUGACUUUAGAUCCGAAAGUAUUCCGGUUGCUGAAUGAAAAAUUCGGAGAUAUUGUACGUGUGGACCCUAUACUCACCAAACCUGGCAUGUGUUUUCUUUUUGAUCCGGAAGCUAUAUCACAGGUACUACGUGGCGAGUCCGUCUACCCAGUGCGGCCAGGCUUUGAUUCUUUAACAUACUACAGGAAAAAAUACAUGAAAACCGACAUUACGGGUUUGAUCACUGAACAUGGAGAAAAAUGGAAAACCAUUCGUUCCAAGGUAAACCCCGUGCUGCUACAUCCGAAAAUCAUGAAGCUAUACGAGCCAGUCAUCGAUGAGGUCGCUCAAGAUAUGAUAAAGAGAAUACGAUCUCUACGAGAUUCUGAUCUAAUGAUAAGAGAGGGACUUGACUAUGAGCUUAAUAAAUGGGGAUUAGAGUCUAUCAGUACAGUGGCACUAGGGGGCCGUCUCGGAGCGCUGGACCCUGACCUUCCCGAGGACUCUCCGGUGGCGCAGCUCAUCCAAUGUGUUCACGAUGUGUUGGAAGUAUUGCAAGAAAUGGAUUUCAAUAAGCCCGGUAUGUGGAAGUAUAUCCCAACGAAGCAAUUUAGAGAAGCGAUGAAGUUGUACGACCAGCAAAUGCAGCUAAGCAAAUAUUUUGUGAUGCGAGCUGUUAAAGAUAUAGAGAGGAACAGAAAUGUUAAUUCAAAUGAGAAGAGUGUACUUGAAAAAUUGUUGGAAAUUGACGAAGAUAUUGCAGUUGUUAUGGCUUCGGACAUGCUGUUCGGUGGUGUUGAUGCUUCUGCGCAUACUGUACUGGCCAUAAUGCAUCUCUUAGCAACAAAUCCAGAAAAACAAACCAAACUUCGCGAAGAAGUGUUAAAGAAUGGAGAUCGCAAAUACUUAAAAGCUUGCAUCAAAGAAGGGAUGAGACUUAAGCCUAUAGCUGUAGGAAAUGGGAGAGAUACUUCAAAAGAAUAUAUUUUACAUGGAUACCGUAUACCUAAAAAGACCAGAGUUAUCUUCGCGCACCUCGCCAUCAGCAUGAAAGAAACUCAGUAUCCUCGACCGAACGACUUCAUCCCGGAGAGAUGGCUGACGACUAAAGAGGACCCUCUGUUCCACGGCCACGCCCAUCCCUUCGCCACCAUGCCAUUCGGCUUCGGGGCUCGCCAGUGCAUCGGGAAGCCGAUCGCGAUGAUAGAACUUGAGGCCAUCAUCUCAAGACUGGUGCAGAACUUCGAAAUAGGCUGGCAAGGACCACAGCCAGCGUUCAAGCUGGUGGCACUGAAUUACUUUGUAGGACCAUUUGGUUUUGUUUUCAAAGACGUUUAGUGUUCAGGCUCUUACUUCGAGAGCGAUAAACACCUUUAGUCAAUAAACAUAUUUAAAUAUA